AUGAUUUGCCCUGUUUUUGUGGCUGAAUUGGGCCCUGUUGUUGCUAACCGAUUGCUAAAUUCUCCUCUAAGUACAGCACUAUUCGAUCACUACUUUCUCAACUUUGGACUUACAAGUAAUAUUUUUUUACAAAUUUUAAUUACAAUUUUAAUAAGGUAUUACAAUUGUAAUUUUUUAAUACAGUAA